AUGGGAAACAAGAACAGCGCACCUUCGCCACAUACCUGGCUCGACAGCACAUCCCCAGGAACAGAUUUGCAAGAACUGACUCGUCGACAUGAUCCGCAUUCGUAUUCCGGUGGAAGAUGGCUCAAUCGGGACGAGCUCGAGCGAAACUCUCGCCACGUUAUGUUUGACUUCUCAGCGCUGUGUGAGCGGGCUGUUCACAUAUGUCUAGGAGCCACUAGCGUUCUCAAAUAUGAGAAGCGAGAAGGUGGAUUCAAUAAAGUCUUCCUUUUAACAAUGGACAAUGGACCUUGUGUUGUGGCAAGGGUACCUACCGGUAUUGCUGGCCCGCCAAGGUUAACGACCAACUCUGAAGUUGCAACGAUAACUUAUUUACAAUCCAAGAUAUCGCUUCCAAUACCGAAAAUUCUCGACUGGAAUGAUAAUCCUUCUAAUCCAACUGGAACUGAAUAUAUUAUCUAG